GUGAAAUUGAAUCCACGUACCGAGCUGUUCCUCAACGCACUUCGAGAAGUUCAAGUGCCGUCGGUGAUCCCCGGCAUCUUGGAGAAAGCUGCGGCUGAUGCAGAGGCAGAGGACCUCGCUUCAGAUCAGGAGUGGUUGGAUCACAUCGAGGGCAAAGGCGAGAAGCUCAAAGAGCACGACCAGACCGACCGGACCGCGCCACCACAGCAGUUGCCAAGCUUACCAAAGGACGACGACGAUGCGGGAUCUCAGCAGCGGAGGCAGGAAUGGGCAGCAAGUGCGGCUGUCAGAUACCAGGAUAUGUUUUUCAAGAAGGACGCCCCGGCCCCGGCGGCCCCGGCCCCGGCGUCCCCGGCGGCCGCCGACGCCGACGCCGACGCCGCGGCCGUGGAGUCCAAACCAGAGGCGGCGGCGGAGGCGGAGAUGACCCCGUUGAAUAAUCCCACUCCCACUGAGACAAUGGAGACUGCGGAGACGAAGUCUCAAGAAAAGCAUCAGGAUGAAGAACCAAAAGAUCAUGCGACUCAGGCUGCAGACGUCUCUGAGUUUAGUGAGCAACCGGAACCCGGCAGUGCUGCUGGCAGUGCGGUGGUGAAGACAGAUGUUGAACAAGCUGCGGCUGAGGCGGCGAAGAAGGAG